UGUUUUGCUUUUUUUUUAAAAUAUAUCUGUAUGUUUUAUUUCAUCCAGUGCUUCUUCCCACAAAACGGAAAAAAAAAUGCAAAGAUUUGGUGUGAUGGGAGAGCGAGAGAAAGGGGAAAUCAUCCAAUCAAAUUGCUCUGAUGACGUGAACAUAUUUUGAAUGUCCGAGUUUUUCGCUUUUGGCUGGGGAAAAACAAAAUCAACAUCGAUUUUGAACAUCUCGACACUGCCUCACUUCGAAAUAACCAUGUCCCUCUUUAAAUCACAAUUGAGCAAAGGCAUCAAGGAACUUCGUGUUCAGUUCUGCCAAACAUCUCCUGCCAGCAGUGGUCUCAGAGAUUUCGUGGCAAAGAACUACACUGCCUUGAAGAAGGCUAACCCCGAACUUCCCAUCUUGAUCCGUGAAGCCAGUGGCGCAGAGGCUCGUGUGUUUGCUCGCUUCGAGAAAGGUGUUGAACGCAAGGCCGUAUUGCAGAACACCUCUGCACAGGAUGUUGAAAAAGUUUUGGAGCAAUUAGUCAAGUCUGCUUAGACGCGAAAACAAGUUAUAAAGAAGCACAAACAAAGUUACCACGAUAAUAAACGCCCGUAUCAAGAGAUCUGUAUAUCCCGGUCUAAUCGACGCGCCCUUGUCAACCUGUGGACCUCUUAUAAACUAUAAUGCCUUAUGCGGCAGUGUCUUUGGCUGAUAAUGAAUCAUCAGGGGAACUGAAGGAAAAGAGCUUGUGCGACUGUGUAUGUUCCAUGGUUGACGAUAGGAUGAUUUCGAAAUGAUCAAAUAUGGGAGUUCCGUGGUUCGGAUAAAAAUGUGAUCAUCUGCCUCUUAGUGUUAUGUAACAAUGAGUUUUGCAACGUAGCAUUCUGUGCGAUUCUUUCAUGUGGAUAACAUUUGCGGGUUCGGUAUGGCGUACCAUCACUGCUGACUCCUUUUUUUCAGCUUUCAGUAAUU